AUGGCCGCUUUUGUGAGGGUCUCGGGCCCGCCAAAUAGCAACUUUCUUGUUGGCUACCCGGGCAUAUCUGCGACGUUGGUAUGUUCAACCUGCGCCGCAUUCAACGACAUUUGCAAGUUUGGAAGAAGGCAGUCCACAUGCUAACACAAAGUGACAGCCUCGAAUAGAAGGCCGCGUCGAGGUACGGCCCGGGGUAGGCGUUUCUGCUCCUGUCAACAUCUCCCUCGUCACGGUCUCCCUACAACGGCGCGAAUCAAUCCACCCCACCGCCGACUCCAUCAUCCGCUCGAACAUCUCGUCCUCGCGAAAGGAGAUCACCGACAUCGUGGGGAAAGAAAUGCUGCUGUUCAGAUGUCCGCCCGGAAAGGAGUCAGAGGCCGUAUUAUGCAUGGACCUCCCAUUCGUCAUAUUCAUACCAUACGGCCGCGGAGGAGAGGAGGUUGCAAGGAAAAUACCACCCGCAAGUAUACAGUUGGACAAGCGAACCGCGGAGACGUUCUACGAGAUUGUGGUCACCGUACAGCAAGGACAUCAGGAACAGCGGAAAUACGCCUUUCCAGUCCCCAUAUCGCGGUACGAUACUUUAAGUACGUUCGGCAUGUACAAUCGCCCGGAGAGCGCAGAACGUGUCACAGAUCACUUGGUCACGCUUGGUAUCAGCCUGCCGAGGUGGAGCUAUGGUCCACUGGACCCGGUGUCCGUAUACAUCAAGCUGAGCCCGAACCCGGAUUGGCUGAACAAGGCCAAGCGAGUGACGAUACAAAGUAUCACGGUCGGCAUUGACGAGGAGAUCAUCUACAAUCCAGAAGGCGAUGAGCCGACGCGAAAGGUGAAGACGUUGGCGAAGCAUCAGCAAUCCGUGGGAGUACGGAUGCCGGAAGCUGGAUAUUUCACAAAUCUUGGACUGGUGUUCCCUGCACGAGAACUACGAGACAAUGAAGGCGUGCUGCCAAGGCCGAAGAAGGGUUUCCCGAUGUACGCGGUCACUGGGUUCACAACCUCCGGCACGCUGUACAAGAUCGAGUAUUAUCUCACUGUCAAGGUAAAUCAGCACCAAGCAUUCAAGGUGGGUGCGUCCUAACAUGUUUUAGGCAAAAUUGUCUUCGGCGCGGGAUAUUCUCCUUCGACAGCCGAUCGUUGUAUGCCCAUUCGAUCACGCAGGAUGCAAGGAAGAAAUGGAAGCCAUCGAGCAAGCUGCCAAAGACGCCGCGCACAUCUCUCCCGACAACCCAAUGCUCCCAGCUAACGUGAUCAUCAAAGCGAAUGACCCGGCAGGCCUCCGCGCGCUUGGCGUUGCGAUGCAAGGAGGUCAGCGAAAACCCUUGAUCGAGUGA